AUGAAGAUCAAACUCCUUUUCUUAUUAGUUGUUUGCUUUCAUGUUCUUAAUCCCAACGUUCUGUUACCAGAACAGCCUGCAAUUGCGACAGCACUGCCUCUAUACACCGAUUCCCGUUGGAUAGUCGAUGAAAGUGGGAAACGAGUGAAGUUGGCAUGCGCGAAUUGGGUAUCGCACCUCCAACCAGUGCUGGCGGAGGGGCUAAACAGGCAGCCCUUGGACGUCAUUUCCAAGUGGAUUGUAUCGAUGGGAUUUAAUUGCAUUCGGUUGACAUGGCCGCUGUGGGUGGCCACUAACGACACCUUAGCCUCGUUAACGGUCCAACAAUCGUUCGAGAGCCUUGGGCUCUUAGAAUCCAUCGGUGCAAUAAGAGUAAACAAUCCAUCUAUGCUCAAUCUCACCAUUAUCCAAGCUUUCCAAGCUGUGGUAUCCAAUCUUGGGAAGAAUGGCGUGAUGGUCAUAAUUGACAACCACAUAAGCCAGCCCGGGUGGUGUUGCGCCAACAGGGAUGGUAACGGGUUUUUUGGUGAUAUCUACUUUGACCCGGAUCUCUGGAUCAAGGGUCUAACCCGAAUGGCUACCUUGUUCAAUGGCACUUCCAAUGUCAUCGGCAUGAGCUUGAGGAAUGAGCUCCGAGGGCCCAAGCAGAAUGUGAGCGUCUGGUACAAGUACAUGCAACAAGGAGCUGAAGCAGUGCACAGAGCCAACCCAGACGUUCUCACCAUACUCUCUGGUUUAGAUUACGACAAAGACUUGCAUUUCCUCCGUAAUCAACCACUGAAUCUAUCGUUCACGAGAAAGCUAGUAUUUGAGCUUCAUUGGUACUCGUUCUCGGAUGGAGAUGCUUGGUCGACGGGCAACCCGAACCAGGUGUGUGGGCGAGUGGUUAACGCGUUGAAGGACAAAAUACUGUUUGUGUUGGACCAAGGGUACCCGCUGUUUGUAAGUGAGUUUGGGAUUGAUCUAAGGGGAGGUAGUUUAGCUGAUAAUAGGUACUCCAAUUGUAUUUUCGGUGUUGCAGCGGAAUUGGAUUUUGACUGGGCUUUGUGGGCAUUUAUGGGUAGUUAUUAUUUGAGAGAAGGGGUUAUGGGCUUGGAUGAGGUUUAUGCAGUGAUGAAUUGGGGUUGGUCUGGGCCUCGGAAUUCAACCUUUCUUCGAAGGCUUUCUGCACUCCAAUCUCCUUUCCGAGGGGCGGGGCUGGAUGAAGUUGCGCCAUACCAAAUACUGUACCAUCCAUUAACGGGUCUUUGCGUGCAGAGAGGUUCAUUUAAGAAGCCAUUGGAUUUGAAGCUAGGGUCUUGUGCUGAAUCUGCGCAGUGGAUGUAUACACCAGAAAUGACGCUGGCAGUAAAUGGAACAACAGUCUUAUGCUUACAGGCUGAUGGGUUGGGCAGGCGAGCAAAGCUUCGUGGGGACUGCUCUAGUCCUGCUACGAAAUGGAAACCGAUAUCAGACUCUAGGAUGCACCUUUCGACUACGCUACCCACUAACAGCACCGCUUGUUUGGACAUUGAUUCUAAGAACAACAUCAUCGCCAGUCGAUGCCAAUGCUUGUGGGGAGAUGCUUCGUGUGACCCAGCCAGUCAAUGGUUCAAAAUUAUUUAUAGCACAAUAAGAAGAUAUUAG